UGUUAUGGCGGCUGUGGAGCGGCUUGUGCGUGAGGCUCGGUCUCUCUCUGUGCUCUUCUUGCUCCUCCUCUGCGUUGCCGCGUGCCCCGUGUGGAGCUGGGGCCAGCACGGGAGAGUUCUGCUGCGGGAAGUGCAGGCGCUCACUCUCCAUAGAGGGCAGUACACGACAGCCCGGCGGACAGCUGCAGUCCCUCAGUUGCAAUGCACAGGAGGCACUGCUGGAUGCUCCCAGAUCCCGGAGGUUGUUCAGUGUUACAACAAGGGUUGGGAUGGUUAUGAUGUACAGUGGCAGUGCAAAGCAGACCUGAAAAAUACCCACCGGUUUGGACGGAUCGAAGUGAGCUGUGAAGGCUAUGAUUACCCGGAUGAUCCUUACAUCUUAAAGGGCUCCUGUAGUUUGCUGUUCAGGCUAGAGCUGACUGAGGAAGGUGAAAGGAAAGUGAAGAACCCUGGAAGCUUUAGCUAUUAUGAGUCAAGGAAGGAUUCUUCUGAUUCAGGUGGUGGAGCAAUUCUUGUAGUUGUUCUCCUGGCUCUUGCUUUUGGAGUAUACAAGUUCUUCCUUAGCAAUGAGCAGCCUGAACAAAGUUCUGGUGAUGGGUUCACUACGCCUUCCUGGCAGAGUCAUCCGGCACCUCCUCCUCCUGGUUUUAAAUCCAGCUUCACAGAUGAUAACAGCUUUGGGGCUCAUUCCUAUCAUGGAACCAAUUCAGGACCAGGAUUUUGGACUGGAUUAGGAGCGGGAGGCUUGCUAGGCUACUUGGCUGGCAGUCACAGAGCACGGCCACAUUCCCCAUACUACAAUAUGUGGACAGAUCACACAGCUGCGCCUCCAAUGAAUGGGCAGCCAAGCAAUGCCACACAAGGUAGUUCAGGAAGAAGAACUGCUUCUGGGUUUGGGGGCACAAAACGAAGAUGAGGUCCUUGACGUUAUUACAACUGAGUGAUUGAACUAAUCUCCCUGUGUACUAGUACUUUUUUAUUAGUAGUAGGCUUCAGAAGUGGAUAUGAAGAAGGGUGUGAAGGACUGGAGUUCUAAGAAUUCCUUACUUCCCCAUCGAAAUGUUUAGGAUAUUACAGGUGUACAGUGCAUGAGGGAUUGUGGCACUGGUAGCCUUGCCAGAUCCAGAAAGGCAAGCAGCUUACUCAUGUUCUGGGCUUAAUUUCAUUUAAUCCAGAAUUUCUGAGGUUUUUUUCUCUUUCUUAGUGGUCCAGCAUCUGAAAGCCUAAUGUGUGAUGCACCUGAUAUCUGAGGUGCUCUCUGAAACUACUCUUGUUUGUCAAAUUGUGAGCAUUACUAUACAUGCAGUCAGCUACUCAGAUGAGUGUUUACCUUAGUGGACAAAAGCAAAAAUAUAUAUAUAGAGACAGAAACUAACAUUAAUGUUUGUAUCUGUGCUGCGUGACUAUUGGAGCCAAAAUUUCGGAUUUGAUGAUGCUCCGUGUUGUAGGGGUCACCCAAGUGGCUCUGCAGACCUGGAGGGUUUUGUGAUUGAAUUAUGAAGAAAAAUUAAACAUGAAAUGGGACAAGAUGGUCCUUCUUUAAAUUGGACCUUUUUCUGGAAGACUAAGGUAAUUUAAACUCGGGGGCUACAGCCACUUUGCCCACAUUGAGGCUCCAGACUUUUCUUUUUACAGUGGGUGUUAGCAAUGCUUUGAAAAACUUCUAAUGUGAACAGUGUGUCCUGGACACUGUAAACCAAAGGUGCCGAUGGCAGGAGGGAAGGAGCAUUCCUAAUCCAAAGCUAGCAGUAUCUUGAGAACACAUAGCAGGCCUUGAGACUAAGCAGAGAAAGGAAAUUGAAUGUCUAAUGGGUUGUAAACUUUCCCAAAUGUACCUUUUAAAACAAAGGGCUGUCAAAGAGUGGGAAGCAGAGGGGCCUUGCUUUGUUCUGUGAUGAUGGUUUGGGGCUCUGAGAAGCAUCAUAUGGUUUUCGUGUGAUUGACAGUGCCCUGGAGAGGCAAUGCUGAAAAGAAACAGAGAAAUUUCUCAGGGCUGGGAGGGGAGAGAAGAGUGAAAAAUGGGCUGGUUGACCACUAGGUCUUCUCCGGAGGCAGUCCUAACACAGCUUAGAAGUGUGUGCGUGUGUGUGUGCGCACGCACAGCUUUUCUACACUGGCAGCAGCCUAAAGCAUACCCCAUCCUUGGGAAAAUACUGUGUCUGGGAUGUGAUGUAAGCUGCUGCAGCAAAAGCAGAGCACUGUUCUGCUGAUACAAACUGCAUAUCCGUGAGGAGAUUCAGCAGGUAUGGUUAGUCUAGGAAAGUGGCUUCAGCGUUACUCAUCAAAAAGCAACUAUGUCUGUUAAUGAGGACAGAAAUGAUUGGCUCAAAUGCUAAUGCCUGAGUUCAGUGUUUGGUUUAAGCAACAACAGCAGCAAAAGAAAAGAAAAUCUUUAAGAAGUCAUCAGAAGCUAUGACAAAGUGUAGAGCUUGCACUGAAAACGCGGAGAUCAUGAUAAAAUUGAUAACUUGAGGAUAAAACAGUGGUUUGCUUCUCAGAGCAGAGCUGCUUGUGGAUUGGGCAAAAAUACCUUCAUUAACAGCCUGCUCUGUCAACAUAGGAGGCCUGUUAGAAAGUUUAACUUUUUAUGAGGUUAUAUGAUAAAUUUCUCUUUUUGACCAAAUAUAGCAAAAUAAUGUAUUUUAAAUGUGAAGGUCUUAUGCCUGAGUGUAUUCAGGUUGAAACUUGUCACAGUCAAUACUCUUUGCCAACUAAUUACCUAACAAUGAAACUGGAUUUCUGCUAACUGGGUAGUUUGAAGCUGAAGUUUGCUCUGAAGUUAUGGUGUGUUACAAAGUGUUUUAAACAAUGUUUUCAUUUGUAUUUAUAGCUGCUGCAUGAAAUGUGAUUUGAUGCAUAAACCUGAUAAAUAAAUUACUGUUGUUUCUGA